UUCCGGGAACAUGAGUGUAGUUAACUAUUUCCGGGGUGAGAAGUCAGCAGUUGCUCGCUGCACGUUGGGGAAACAGCCGAAACGAUGGCGCAGCAAUUACAGGAGAAGUUGCAGUCCGAAGUCACCAAAUAUCAGCAACUCCAAAAAGAUAUCAGCACCAGUAUGUCUGCCCGUCAGAAGCUGGAGGCACAGCUGACAGAGAAUAAUAUAGUAAAAGAGGAAUUAUCUUUAUUGGAGGAAAGUAACACGGUAUUUAAACUGAUUGGGCCUGUGCUGGUGAAGCAGGAUUUAGACGAAGCAAGAUCCACUGUCGACAAGAGACUGCAAUAUAUAAACGGCGAGAUAAAAAGACACGAGAUUGUCAUGAAGGAUCUGGAACAGAAAUCUGAAAAGCACAGAACGACCCUCACUAAGCUCCAGCAAGAAUACCAGCAAGCGCAGGCCAAGGGGCAGGUGAAGGCUUGAAGGGUUCCUAUUAAACAAUCUCACCAACAAAAGGACGUGCUCAUGUUGCAAACCCUAUCCCUGCUAUAGUGCCGAUGCGGGCGUAGGUUCCCACCGCCCAUUUCCAACAUAUUAUUUAAAGUGCUUGUGCUUAAAGGGACACUAAACCCUAUAUACAUUUCAUGAACUUCCCUUUAAAGGGACAGUCAACACCAGAAUUUUUGUUGUUUAAAAAGAUAGAUAAUCCCUUUAUUACCCAUUCCCCAGUUUUGCAAAACCAACACUGUUCUAUUAAUACACUUUUUACUUCUGUGACUAACUUGUAUCUAAGCAUCUCCUGACCGCCCCUAAUCACAUGACUUUUAGUUAUUAUCUAUUGACUUGCAUUUUAGCCAAUUAGUGCAGUGUCUGCCACUAGCCACGGGCGUGAUCACAAUGCUAUCUAUAUGGCCUACAUGAGCUUGCUCUCCCCUGCUGUGAAAAGUAAAUAAAAUAGAGGCGGCCUUCAAAGGCUUAAAAAUUAUCAUAUGCGCCUUCCUAGGUUUGCUUUCAACUAGAAUACCAAGAGAACAAAGCAAAAUUGUUGAUGAAAGUAAAUUGGAAAGUUGUUUAAAAUUACAUGCCGUAUCUGAAAAAUGAAAGUUGUUUUUGUUUUUUUUUGUUUUUUUUGGACUUGACUGUCCCUUUAAUUAUUAGUGUCCCCAUUUUUGAACCUAGGAUUCAUUUAAUCAGUUGCUACACAUCUUCAUUGUAAAGCAGUGAAAGCUAGAUUCCAACAUGGAGGCACCUAUAAUUAUAGGGAAGCGGAAAAAUAACCUCAAUAGGAUGGUUCUAAAUUGUAUUUAGUGUUCAAUGUCCCUUUAAUGUUGAAAUAAGGCAACAGGAUGGGGAGGUUCUGAUUGUAGAUCUAUCUGCUAAGGGGUUUGGCGAUGUAAUAAAACUCACUGACUCAAAAGCU